AGUAGUUGUUCUCUGUAAACACACAGCUGCACGCUGACGCCAUUGUGUUCGUCUAUAUUGGGCGACACAGAAUUGCUUUAUAUUUUGGGAUCCCUGGCUUUGAAGAUCGACAGAUUUUUAGGGUUGCCAAGAUGAACUCAAGACAUUAACCAAACAGGACAGCCUUCUGAAGGUGUAGGGAAGAAAAGCAGGAGGAACAGGAGCUGUGCAAAGAACUCUGUGCCAAUGCAGCAGCAACGAAGGCAGCCAGAGUUAGUGGAAGGAAGUCUUCCUGUCUUUGUUUUCCCCACAGAGCUUAUUUUUUAUGCAGAUGAUCAGGCAACACACAAGCAGGUGCUAACGCUAUACAACCCAUAUGAAUUUGCCUUAAAAUUUAAAGUUCUUUGUACAGCUCCCAAUAAGUAUGUCGUCGUAGAUGCUGCAGGGGCAGUAAAACCUCAAUGUUGUGUAGACAUUGUAAUACGUCAUAGAGAUGUUCGGGCCUGCCAUUAUGGAGUGAUUGACAAAUUCCGAUUACAGGUGUCUGAGCAAAGCCAGAGAAAAGCACUUGGAAAAAAAGAGGUUAUUGCUACACUUCUCCCUUCCGGAAAAGAGCAGCAGCAGAAGGAAGAAGAAGAAAAAAGACUAAAAGAGCACUUAGCAGAAAGUGUCUUCUUUGAACAGCCCUCACUUCAGCCAGAAGCCAGAACUCCGUCUUCAGGACCUAGUUUACUUACCGUCUUCCUUGGUAUUUUAUGCAUUGCUGCACUGAUGUUACCAACACUUGGGGAAGCUGAAUCGAUAGUGCCUGUCUACCUCCAUUUAAGUGUUAAUCAGAAACUAGUAGCUGCUUAUGUUUUAGGUCUUGUUACAAUGGUUAUUCUUCGAACAUGAACUGUGACCACAGAUGCACUUCACAAGGAACUCCUUUGUACGAUACUUCUUCAUCGUGAAUGUGAACUGCCUUUCAUUUUCACUUGGCCAAUUAAUGCAGAUAAACCAGGGAAAAUUAUGUUUUAUGUGAAUGGUUUUAAUAGCCUGCAAAAAUACAAUAUCAAUUUUUAUAUUGACACAAUUUUACCCAAGAUGACUGCAGGCAUGUUUUGUUUUAGGUACUAAUGUCAAGGAGGAUUAAGAAGGUUUGUUCUAACUAUGAACUGAAUUUAAAGAAGUAGUUUAUAUAUAUAUAUAUAUAUAUAUAUAUAUAUAUAUAUAUAUAUAUAUAUAUAUAUAUAUAUAUAUACACACACAUAUAUGUUUGAAGGACAUUAAUUUUACCCCGAUAUUUGCUUAUACUGGGAAAACAGAAUUCUGCAGCCUUGCUGAAGGAGAGGGUUUAUUUUGUAAUUUACAAAAUUAUAUGCAUCGUUUUCAAAAAUUGUUGUUUACUUAAAACACUACAGUGGUCAAGUGAACACAAGACAUCAGUAUUUCAGCACUUCCUAGCAAGAAGAAAGCUGCUAGGUAGUUAUAUAUUGUGCCAUGUUUUUGUCCAUUUUUGCACAUUGUUCCUGGCUAUGCAUCUGCCGUUUUCUUUUUUUCUAGUUAUUUGUCAUUUGCACAUAUUUAAAUGCUACUUCACCUCUUAAGAGUAAAGUCAUAUUUGUAUGAUCUUAAUUUGAGCUAUUUACCACAUUUCAUUCUUUUAAGAGUAUAAAAAAAUAUUUUUCUUUUCCCACUUUGCACUCCUACCAAAACCAAUUAUAAAGCUAACCCCCACCCACACCCCUGCCUUCCAUGUCUUCCCUAUAUUAUGCCCUAAAGAGCAGUAACUGUUCAUUGUAUAUGACUCAUUUUUGUCUUUUUUGUCCACAUCUGUGAAAUGUAAACCCAGGGAGCAUUAGCAUAAAACUGUCUACAUUAGUAGGCACUGGUAACAUUUGAAGGCAUAGUUCACCUGUGGUGAAAAUAGUGGUCUUUUUCAGUCUCAGGUUAUUCCUAAUGCCACUUGGAAACGUUACACUGUUUCAUUGCCACUACAGAGCAAGGCCAGAUUUGCCAGAUACAGUAUGUGGCACAAAGGACAAAUGGAAUUUGGCAUUCUGGUUAUUUUUUCAUCUGCCAUGUAGAGAAACCCAUGUCUACUAGCUUAAAAUGUUGCUUUUAAAAUCUCCUGACUGAAGAGUUUAGACUAGUAUUUCUGUUCUCACUGUCACUUUGUCUGGACAGUCCUUAAUAGUUUGUAGGAAAAUGUCAUAGAACUUAUUUUAGCUCUUUUAAAUGUUUCAGAAUGGUUUGCAUCAUAUUUUAGUACUAUGUUGUGUCACUUCAAUAAAAUCACUAAGUGUGUCUUGUCUUACAUUAAGCUAAUUCAUUUUGUUGGAAACAUGUAGCAUGUCAGGAAAGUCGUAUGAGUGUUUUGAAUUAAAAAAUUAUAUUCUGGAA